CGUAUACAAACAUCAAAUCAAAUUCGAUUAGAAAACCCCCCAAAUUUUGAACCCUACUUUUUUUAAAUUCAUCAAUCUCUCUUCGAUCAAACAAAGAAUCCAGCCAUGGGGAACACCGAGAAGCUCUUGAACCAGAUCAUGGAGCUGAAAUUCACGUCCAAAUCGUUGCAACGCCAGUCGAGGAAGUGCGAGAAGGACGAGAAAUCCGAGAAAUUGAAGGUGAAGAAGGCGAUCGAGAAAGGUAACAUGGACGGAGCUCGUAUCUACGCCGAGAACGCCAUUCGAAAGCGCAACGAGCAGAUGAACUACCUCCGUCUUGCCUCGCGGCUCGAUGCCGUUGUUGCUAGGCUUGAUACUCAAGCUAAGAUGACUACCAUUAACAAGUCCAUGGCUAAUAUUGUUAAGUCACUUGAAUCUUCAUUGGCCACAGGAAAUUUGCAGAAAAUGUCAGAAACAAUGGAUCAAUUCGAGAAGCAGUUUGUGAAUAUGGAGGUUCAAGCAGAGUUUAUGGAGAGUGCUAUGGCUGGUUCUACUUCGUUAUCGACACCCGAAGGUGAAGUCAACAGCCUGAUGCAGCAAGUGGCUGAUGAUUACGGGUUAGAGGUCUCGGUUGGGUUGCCAAACGCUGCUGCUCAUGCUGUUCCGACGAAGACUGAAGAGAAGGUCGACGAGGAUGAUUUGUCAAGGCGGCUUGCAGAGCUUAAAGCUCGAGGUUAGAAUGAAAAUGGUUGAAUUUUAUUUGAAUGAGCUUGUAAUAUUAUGAUAACAUUAUGAUGUUUGGGAUUAUAAUUGCUGCUUAUAUAGAUCAUAAUCUGUUUGUAAAUUUGACUGAAUUUGUUGCUUUACAAUGUCAUAAAUGCUGAUGCCCCUUUAGUGUGAGUUUUCCAUUUA